AUGGCGCAAAUUAAAAUGCAAAAAUCACUUUACUCAUUGCGAAAAGUGUACAGUAGAUUGAAGAGAUUGGUCGAGGAUACCACCAGAUGCGCAAUUGUUAACAUAUUGGAGGGUAAAUUAAUUGGAGAUAGCAAAUACUUGCACAGCUCUAUGGAACUGGCGAAUACACGGAUAGGAGAGGUGAACCGUGAAUUCAUCUAG